AUGCCACCACGGAGAGCAGGCAGGCCGCGAGGCCGAGGACAUGGAAGGGGCAGAGGACAAGCCCGAAACAACCUCCCAAUCUAUGAAGGGGAAGUGCAAGAGGAGUGGAAUGAGGUAACACCACCUCCAUCGCCAGUUCCACCACCGCCACCACCCCAACCGCAGGAUCGUCGGGUCGAGGAAAUGUUUCUGAGACAGAACCCACCAACUUUUAACGGGUUAGGAGACCCAACGGUGGCAGAAACAUGGAUCCGCGCUUUGGAACGCAUAUUCGACUUUUUACACUGCACAGACCAGGAGCGGCUGUCCUGUGUGACUUUUCAGCUGACUGGACCCGCAGACUUUUGGUGGGAGGCGAGGAAAAAGACUAUGGCUCAAAUGCAACUAGGAGAGAUGACUUGGGAGGAAUUUAAAACUGAGAUCUAUGAGAAGUAUAUUCCCAAGAGCUACAGGAAGAAAAAGGAGACUGAAUUCUACCAUCUAAAGCAAGGACGAAUGUCAGUGACGGACUACGACCGGAUGUUCUGUGAGAUGGCUCGUUACGCCCCAGAUCAGGUAGAUACCGACGCCAAGAUGGCUGAAAAGUUCUGUACUGGACUUAGGCACGAGAUACGCAUGACGCUGGCUAGCCACGGAGGGCUGUCCUACACUGAGGCUCUGGGACGAGCACUGGACAUCGAGGCAGCCAUGCCAGGGGAAAAGACUACACCAGCUGUGAACCCUACUCCACCCCCGGCUCAGUCCCAAGCACCCAGGGACAAGAGGAGAUGGGAAGGACCACGAGCUCAACCUGAUCCUAAGAAGGGAGGGUAUGGACCAAGCAGGCCACAAUAUGGUGGAUACCAGACUACCCCUAGAUCUUUCAGGGGGAACAUGUCAAAAACCAGUCCGUGUCCUAGAUGCAAUAGGCUGCAUGGCGGCAUCUGCAAGGCAGGAGCUGAUACUUGCUUCAACUGCGGGGGAGCUGGACAUUUUGCUAAGAACUGCCCAAGCAAGGACCCAGGGACGGGAGCAAAACUUCACCCGUCAGCUCAGCGCCCACAGCUGCGCGCAAUGAAUGUUCAACCUGGAACAAACUCACAGCAGACACCUAGGAAUCAGCAGCAGAGGCCGAAACUCCCGACACAGGCUCAAGCUUAUGCGAUGAGACAGAAGCAGCCAGAGGUGAACCAGGGAAAUUUGGCAGGCAUGGGUAAGCUUUUCAACACACCCGUUAUGCUUCUGUUUGAUACUGGUGCCUCGCAUUCUUUUAUAUCUGCUCAUUGCGUGACUACUUUGAAACUCGAGACGAAAGAAUCUGAACAUAGGAUGGAAGUAGUUUCCCCAGUAGGAGGACGGAUAGAAAUAUCUCGUACUUGCUCGAGCUUAGAAAUCACUCUGGGUGAACUUAAGACAUAA